ACGUUCGCGAAAACACGGAAGUGUCAAAAAGUGUCGGCUGCUGGUAAAAGAAAACCAGCACAGUGAAAAGAGCCGUCACAUUAUUACAGUGACAUGGAGAUGUAGUUCCUAAUGGUGUGCUUUGGACUGGUGUAAAAUCGCUCCAGACUAUCACAUUAUUAGUGUCACAUCGUGGGGCGGGGAUUCAUCUUUUCCAGCCACGCAGUCUGAGGUGUUUGCUUCCCUUUCCAGCCAUGGAGAGAUUAGAGGCUACAUCAGAGCUCCAGUCUCGGCUGUCAUCUCUGUCCUUCUCCUCUUUUCCCGGAAUAACAUCCAAACAGUGCGACAACCGUCCUCUGGAUAUGCUUCCAAAUACAGACCUUUCACAGAGCUGUGUCCAAUCCAAAAACCAAGCUGAAAUGGAUGAACCCAAGGAGGACUCGGGACCAUAUACAGAGGGUAAUGAAGAGGUCCCUGCUGAGCCAGCCCUGGGGGAAGGAGGCGAGGAGAACAACAGCUCUGGGAGCUGUCAGCUCUCUGCUGAGAUGAAAGCCCAGAUGCCGCAGCUGAAACCCCCUUCAACAUGGACAUCUGCUGCUCUGAAGGAGCUGAAGGCAAAGCUUCGCACAGAGGAGGACAGCGUGGUGACAGUUUACCGAGGCGACAUCAUGACGGUUCACGUGCCCACCGUGCCCGAGGCCAAAAAAGUAUGCUGGGAGUUUGCUACAGACGGUUAUGAUAUUGGCUUUGGCAUAUAUUUCGACUGGACUCCUGUCACAAACCGGUCUAUCACUGUGCACAUCAGUGAGUCGAGUGAUGAUGAAGAAGAGGAGGAGGAGCUGGAAGGACCUGUCAGCAAUGGAGACAUCGAGAAGGGCUCCAAAAGUCAGUCCAACUCAAACUUGGGUGAAAUCUUACCAGUGUACCGCCAGGACAGUCACCUGUCAGUCCAUGGGGGGAGCCACGAGUUUCAAGGUGAAGGCACAUACCUUCUGAAGUUUGAUAACUCGUACUCACUAUGGCGAAACAAAACACUUUACUACAGAGUUUAUUACAGUGCCUGAGAUGCCAAAUUAUACUUAAUGAAUGUAUACUUAAUUUACAGAAUACUACUCUUUAGAACGAUGAACUAUUUUUGAUUCCAUGCUUCGGAGAAGAUGAAGUUAUAAUAUAAAAGGUUAAAUAUAGGCAUAUCUAUUUUUUAUCGCUAUCAGCUUGUGUUAAUAUCCAUAUAUGGUCAUAUAAUUCAGAGGAGGCGAGCGUCGUGCUGAAAGCUCUUUGAAGAAGCCUUGCAUAUGUGCCAUAUCCCCCAUGUAUGCACUGUGCUGUUUGGUCAUAAAACCUAUAUAUUGUCUUCAGGCCUAGCAUUUCUAUGGUAGCAGUGAUCAGGGAACGCCUGCACAGGAUAUUUUCACCCCGCCAGGUGCUUUAAUCAGCAGUGCUCUGCAGAAAUGAAGAUUUUCUUGUUUUGUGUGUGUUGCGUUGCGUGCACCAUCUAUAAUUCUGUUGCUUUGUUGUUGUCACCUGUAUUUAUCCCUCUGCUUUGCAGCGUAACUUAUUUUUUAUCUGUGUUAAAUUAAACCAUGUGAUGAUGAAGAAUAUAAUUCUGUGCACAGAUCUGUCUUCUGUCUCCGUGCUGUUUGCUAAAUGAUAUAAGUUGAAUGUACUGAUAACAGUUCUCCAAAGUGUGCUUUUUUAUGACACAAAUAAAAGUCAUCCCUUAUCACUCAAGGCUCUUAUUAUGUAAUAAAGAUUCAAUAUUUACAUUUUGUCAUUCCCACUUUUAUUUGCAGUGUCACAGGUUGGGAGUGGUUGCAAUAUUUCAUCUAAAUGUAUUUUGUGCUCAUGUCUGCAGACCUUGAAGUCGAUGUUUUGUUUUUGUUGGUUUUUUUUAAGUUUUCUUGAUGCAUUAGGCAUAUGAGUGUUAAAUAGCCUUGUUACAUCCUGUUUGUAAAAUUGUUUCCUGUACAACAUUCACUUGUGCGCAUGUUCCCAAAUAUGUCACACAUUUGGCUGCUCAGUCCAUAUACAAUGUAACCAACUGUUUUUGAGUUUCCCAUGUUUGCUGUACCGUACCCUCACUGUAAGUUAUGAGAUUUGUUCCUCAAAUUUAUAUCAAACAAUAAAGAGAAUAUUGUCUA